CAUCUUAUUAACCUUCAUUUCUUCUUGAAACAGAUGAGAUCUUCGGGCCCGCCAAUGUAUGUUGUUUCUUGUCCAGAGCCGACCCACAAGCUUGAAAAGCUAAGUAACUAAAUAUAUUUAUGUCGAGUUGAGCCGGCCAGCCAAUCCCAGCGGCCCAUGACUCCCGGAGUCUGAUAUCCUUCAGAUGCAUCGUCCUCUGUUUCUUACCUUCUCAUGGUGUUGUGCACUGGUUUGGGCAGCUGAUCCGGACCCACUGAGAUCCCAUCCCUUGAGCUCGUCUUGGUGGGACCACGAGUACGAUUGCGACUCCGAGUCCGAGGCAGCCUGGAUUCCCGCACACCAGCUCCUGGCUAGCUUUUCGACUUCUCAUCUUCAGCUCUCACUCCCACCCGCCCAGUUAUCUCAAUCUACCGCUCUCUCUCUGCGCCGAGCAAAGGCAAAACUACCUCCUGCUCCCUCCUUCGUGCCUUCCUCAACAACAACAACAACAACAACUUCAUCUUUCUUCCAGCAUGGCUCUCCCUCACUUCCAAGUUGGAAACUCUCGACAUCCGUUUCCAAUCCCACUCCAAGUCCUUCAUCUCCCUCAUCAGCCACUCCAGCUCUCGCAACCAGAACUUUUCACACUCUCGAAGCAAUCAGCUCGCAUCUCUUAGCACCCAAUGAGGUCCAUGAUCAGGACCAUCCAGACAGUCAAACACCCAUCGCCAUUGAGAAUUUGAUGAACGAGAUGCGGCAAAUAAUAACGAAUAGUGGCAGUGAGCACGACCAAGCUGGAUCCAGUCAGGCGUCCAAAGGAACGCCAGUCAGGCAGCCAUUGGCCAGCAUCAGCAGUGAUUCAGCUCAACGCGAGGCCCAGGAAAAGGCAGCCACGAUUCAGCAGCUGCUUUCCUCUCCGAACCAUCUCAGCCUUUUCACUGAAAACGGAAACAUUUGGACAUUACUUCUCAAGAGAUACCACAGAAAGUUUGUGCAUGAGGUCCUAUCGAUCGAAUUCGACGACCAGCCAGUAUCACCACAAAUCGAGACCCAACGCGACCUCUCCUUUGUGAUGGUGAGUCGAUCGAAGUCAGGAGGACCGACGGGGUUUACCUACCGAAUCCUAUGCCAUGGCGGGCGGGUGAUGCAAGGAAGCAAUGGGUUGAUCAAGCUUGCCAAGGCUCUCCUGAAAACGAUCCACAAGCUCCACGAGAUCAUCCUCAACAAGCCCGGCCACAUCUCCUCCUUCGUCCAUUAUUCGCGCCAGGAAAAACUGCUGGAGUGGCUCCAUGCGCUCAUCUUCAGCGACCAACACGGCGCACCGUUGAUAGGGAUCAGGAAAAACAUCGACUCCACUUGGAGGAAAGGCGACGAGCUCGGCCAGGCUAAGUUGCUCUUGAUCCAUUACUUCGGACAAGUCUUGAUCGAGCCUCAGCUGCUCAUCUCCACGGCGUAUGAUUUGAUAAAGCUAUUCAUGGCUGAAGAUGGCUUCAACUACUUACCGCCAACUCGGCCUUUCGGGCACUCAACUGAUCUUCCUACCGAUCCGUAUUUUGAAGCCAGGGAGCGAAUCUUAUACACGAUGACCGAGAAGAGCAGCAAGAAGUACAGCAUGUUAUUCCGCUCGAGGAACAACUUUACGGGGGAUGACCCCACUCUGCGAGCGAGUAUUGGCGAGUUCGAGAAAGCGUGUCCGCGAGAGGAGAUGACGAAUCUGUAUCAAAGCAACCAUCCUCGACUGUCGGUGAUCAUGUAUUUCCUGGACAAGGAGCCCCGGGAUGGGCCACAUCCGGGUGGCCGUGGAUCAGAAGAACGUGCCGGUGCCGAGCCGGCAGAUCCGCAACUCGUUCAAGCGCUUGCUCCGGGCGACCAACUACCUGCAUCAGGAGGUCUACAACCGUCUCGACAUCCGCACUCAAGCCUGGAACACCAGGGAGGAAGGCCUUCUACCACUGGCUCAUCGCCCUCCUCCUCCAUAAUAAUCAUCCCUACUCUCUCCCGCUCUUCGGCUCCAUCAGGCUUGCUCAUCCUCAUCGGGCCCCGUGGGAAGAACGCGCAGCGGAUUCCGUCCCGCUCUUCUCCCCCGCCCAACUCAGACUGGUCGACUUCCUCUCCAGAAAACACUCCGUUCGGAGCCUCAAAACCUACGCCGCCCGCUUCGUCACCACCUGGUACCAUGAUCAUCUUCCCCAUGAGUACGAGAAGUUGCAGUUCAUUGAUUGAUUGCAAACCAUUUGGAUGGUUUUAUAUUAUGCUCCCUUUUUUUAAUCAAUCAACCGGUCCUUCAACUCUCCCUUACUUUUCUUACUCAUGAUUCUCUAAUGAGAACAGAGGGAACACUCCACUUGAAUCAACAGAUUGUCAAAUGCACAAAAGCCCAAGAAACGUCCCCACAAAUCAAUAACAUACUAGUGGGCUAUUAAGCGUAU